UAACUAACUGUUCUUCAAAUCCGUAAUAUUAACCAGUGAAAUGAAGUGCCGUUUAGUGUUGUUUAUUUACAUAGGAUUAUUGCAAUUAGAGAAGGCUUAUAACUCAAAUAUUAGACAUUCCACACGAAAAAGACGACAAGACGAACAAUGGUCCUGGGGAUACGCAGAUAUAACCCCUUCAGAGCGAACACGCGAUGAUACACCGGCACUACCUGAUGAGGAUCCAUGCCUGAUCAAACCUCCUGAGAUGCCAGAUUUCAGAAAGCCUGGACGACGGAUCAGUACACAAAAAUGUUAUGAGUACAUUUGGCAAACCCAUUACAGAGAAGUUACACAGAAGUUAGACAAAGAAUGUUCAGAGUAUCGGAGACUCAGUUCUACACAUUUUGGUGUUGCUUUCGCAAUUGGAGGUCGCACUGCAAAACCCGGCGAGUUUCCUCACAUGGCAGCUGUAGGCUGGAAAGCAGCAGUUGGAACAUGGAUAUUCAAAUGUGGGAGUUCUCUAAUCAGCUCCAAAUUCACCUUAACGGCUGCUCAUUGCACUAGAACAUCAGAUCGGGAUACCACAGUAGCCGAUAUCAUACCGAAAAUUGUGAGACUUGGAGAUAAGAAUAUUAUUGAUGAGUGGGCGAACGGUCUAGCACCAGUCGACGUAAAUAUAACAAGAAUCAUAGUACACCCCCAGUACAAAUCACCUAGAAAGUAUUAUGACAUAGCUAUUAUGGAAUUAGAAUAUGAUGUUUUAUUCACUGACAAUGUUCAACCAGCAUGUUUAUGGUCUGAAUUCAAUACUGACCCUCUUGGACCGGAUGCUACUGUUACUGGAUGGGGCGUUGUAGAAACAGCAAAACGCACAACAUCUCCAGUAUUACAAGCCGCAGUGAUAAAUCUCCUCGAGUCAAGGACUUGCGACGAGUUGCUCAGACGUCGUUUCAACAGACAUUGGGAUGGAAUGCAGGAACAUCAGCUUUGUGCUGGUAAACUAGCUGGAGGGGUUGAUUCUUGCCAGGUAAUUUAA